UCAAUACUUUUUUGAAUACAUCAUCACGUUCACUUUUUACAUUUUGUGUCUCUUUCAAGAUUUUCAAUUAACUCUUUUACAAGUUAUGGACGAUGAACUGUCGGACCCUUUAAAAUUAGUUGGUAGCGAACCAGCUGAACUUAAAUUUGGUUCAACAUUUACAGGCAAAGGCCCUGGUUUCCAUACGCUUCGAUAUGAUUUUAAGCCUGCCAGUGUAGAUAUUAACAAACCCGCAAGUGUUGACAUUAAUCCGUCGAAUCGUGAGGUCACUGUCAAAGUACCCAAUUUUGAGGGUGCUGGUGCAGCGCACACAUUGUACAAGGGUUCGCACAAAGAUUACACUAAAGAAUGUGUACUGAUUAUUGACCAUUUGACUGGAGAAAUUACUUUAGAAAAACUCACUACUAAUGUACAACUCAAAUCUACUAGAAAUGCGGUCGAAAAACCACAAAAACCUGUUGUGCAAAUUAAUCCAGUUUUGUCUGAAAAGAAUAGACCAACGCCUAUAGAUAAACGAUUAAAAGGAAAAACGCAACUUAAACAACAAAUAAAAAAGUCUCCCAAGAAAACAUCCCAAUCACCUAAAGUGGCUAACUUGUCACCACCUAGUAAUGCUCAACAUGUUAAUAAGUCUCCACAAUUUUGUAUGUCUGAAUCUCCUAUGUCAUCCAGUCUUUCGCUUCUGAAUGAUGACGAUUGCUCUAUGACUGGGUUUGAUUCCCAAGCACAUCCUAGUUUUUCAUUGUCUGACAUCAAAACAGAAAUUAAACCUGAACCCUUUGAUGAUUUGGUACCUGCAGCUAGAAGUCUAGAACUUAGUGAAUCUUCUAGCGAUUCUGGUUCAAGUAGUUCGUCCGACAGUGAUAGUGACGAUUCAAUACCACCUCCUCCGCCUUCUAAAAAUACAGCUAAAAAUACUAAACCCACGUUUAAUUCACCAAUUACUAAUGGUUUUAAAGAACGUUUAGUCGAUCCUGGACGUAUUUUAGAUGAAGACCUUCAACUUUCAGAAACGGACUCUGACUGACUAACAUUUUAUGGAAUACAUACCAAAUAUCCAAUUUCAAACCACUCAGUUGUACGUCAACAAUAUUUUUUUUUUCCGUAUUAUUAUGUACUUUAAUACCUACUUAAGUCUUUUUGAGUUAAAUAA